CCUGAAGCACCUGGAGGAGCAACAGUGUGGUGGCGCACGGCGCCGCGACGUCAAAACUUGUUUAAAAUCGAUGUCGGUUCGCAGCGGCGUUCAGUCGGCGCCGUUCUGUUCGUGUGCAAGCACCGUCGUGUUUUUUGUGCUGCUGUUACUGGCGUUCGCGUCGACGUCUUUACGCGCGUUCUGUGACAUGCCCGCACGAUUUGAAUUUUAGACUUUUUUCGAAGGAAAACUUUUUUGGCCUUGCGUCGUUUGGUCGACCGCUGAUACUUGCGAUUAAAAGGUCCAUGUGACUUCGGAGCUUCGACAAUGUGGCAACCGAGCAGCGAGGCCUCGAUGUCAAGUUUCGCAUUUCUUAUUAUCACCCUCAGCUGUUGCAGCAAGCUACUAGAUGCAAUCGACACAAGCCUUUGCUACAAUCCUCUUGGUAUGGAAUCUGGAGCGAUACCGGAUGAGGCCAUCACAGCCAGCUCCUCGUAUGUUCCCAACGUGGGACCCAGAAAUGGCAGAUUGCGGGUGGAAAAGGCAGGAGGCGGCUGGUGUCCCAAGCAGCAAGUGGAGCGCGGUAUACGCGAAUACCUGCAAGUGGACUUGGACGAAGUGCACUUGGUCACAGGCGUACAGACGCAGGGGCGAUACGAUAGAGGCAGAGGACAAGAGUACGCGGAAGAAUACAUGGUGGAGUAUUGGAGGCCUGGUCUGCAAGAUUGGAAGGAGUACAAGCGGUGGGACGGAAAACAGAUAUUGCGCGGAAACAGCGAUACCGCCUCGGUGGAAAGCCACAAAUUAAUGCCAACAAUUUUCGCUACAAAAGUCAGAAUUCUGCCUUACAGCAUUCAUAGAAGAACGGUGUGUCUGAGAAUGGAGCUCCUGGGCUGUCCUUAUGACGGCGGUCUAGUGUCUUACAGCGCACCAGAGAGCAGCGAGACUUCGCAAGGACUGCACGACAGCUCUUACGAUGGCGUCGUGUCCCAGGGGGAACUGAAAGGCGGUCUUGGCCGUCUGGUGGACGGCGAAAUCGGCUUGGACAACUUUAGACUGGACAUCGGAUAUGGAAAAGGUAACGGGUGGGUCGCUUGGAAAAACGACUCGGUAGCGAGCGGCUACGUGGAGCUUCUCUUCGAGUUCGACCAAGUGCGGAACUUCAGCUCGGUGCAUUUGUUCACUAACAACUUUUUCAGCAGAAACGUGCAGGUUUUCUCCAAGGCCAAGGUGAUGUUUAGCAUCGGCGGCGAGUUCUUUAACGGGCCGACGCUGUCGUUUGCCUACAUGCCGGACCGCGCGCUCGAGAACGCUCGCAACGUCUCCAUCAAUCUUCAUCAGCGCGUCGGCCGAUUCAUCAAGCUGCGACUCUUUUUCUCAGAUCGCUGGAUAAUGCUGAGCGAAGUCAGCUUCGAUUCAGCUGCUUUAUCAACAAACGUAACAGAAGAGGAAACUUUAGAAGAAAAUGAAGACGAACUCAUCAUAACAUCGAUAGGAGAAAAAAAUACAGACACCUUCGAAACGAUCGCGGCCCGUAAAGAUGGCGACACGUACGUGGAAGUGAUAAUCGGCGUUUUGACGGCUAUCACGCUCUUGUUGCUGAUCGUUUUCGUCAUCGUCUUGAUUGUCAACAAACGGCACAAAUUGCAAGGAUCGCCCACUUUAUUGAGGAACCCCUUCGGUGUCACUAUCAACAUGAAGGACCUAUUAAUGAACUUUUCGUCCAAUAACAACGGACAAUCAGGAAACGCCAGUCAUCCGAUGACGCCCGUGAGUCUAGAUGACGACGGGGAUCAGGACGAAGAACCGCCGCCGCCGGCCGCCACCGACACGGCCACCGCUACUUUGGGGGCAUACGAUCAGUACCGAUCACCACUGAUGAGUAGCGGGUACUACGCCCCAAACUAUGCCACGUUGAGAUGUUCUUCAGUCUUGGACGACCAGGAAGACCCCCCAGAGGUCCCCCCGCUCCCUGAUUCCCCAACGCUAUGCGAAAGCCCCAUCGGCAACGCACCCCCCUCACCUUUGCACUACAGGACUCUUCAAAGCACCCCACAAGUCAACCCCAAGUCCAAAAUGAUCAAUUUGGGAAAUUAUUUCCCUAGAGCCGCCAGUGACCCCCCAAACAGAAAAAGAUACCACACUGCACCGCGAGAAAAACACCGAAUACCACCACCAGUAGUCUGUUGGAACAUAGCACCCAGUAUGGGUCAUGCCUACAAUUGCCGUGAGGUGGAACUGGUGCCCAUACCUAGAUACUCUUUAAGGCCUUUGGAGAAAAUGGGAACAUGCCAUGCCGGUGAAAUAACUUUAUAUGAGACCGAUGGCCUUAGCGACAUAAUUCCAGGGGUAUGCAAUCUUGUGGCAGUCCGCACGUCUUGCCCCGAAAGAGUCGCCCCCAAAAACGAGGCGCCUGCGGUCAGCCCUAUGGAAUCUCUCAGAGAGGUGAGAUUCUUGGCGGGUCUCUCAGACCCGAACGUGUGCAGAGUGCUCGGGGUAUGUACGGCCGAGCAGCCUCCUUGGACCGUGGUGGAAUACGGAGACAUGGGCGAUUUAAAUCAGUACCUGCAAUUUUUGGUGAACAGAAAUGGUACUGUUCACAGGUCGCAGAAUAUGUCAGAUGGGCCCAUAAGCGUCGGCAGCCUGAUUUAUAUGGCGACGCAAAUCGCCUCCGGCAUGAAAUACUUGGAAUCGAAACACGUAGUGCACAAAGACUUGGCGGCCAGAAAUUGUUUGGUGGGAAGGGGCUACGUAAUAAAAAUUGCUGACGUGGCUAUGUGUAAACCUCAGUACAGAAAGGACUACGCAGAAAUAGGGGGGCGACCUCCUACCCCAAUUAGAUGGCUACCUUGGGAAAGCAUCUUAUUGGACCGAUAUUCUUGCUCUAGUUCAGUAUGGUCGUUCGCUGUGACACUUUGGGAAAUUUUGACUUUUUGUUGCGAGAGACCUUUCGCCAAUUUAUCCAACGAAAAAGUCAUUCAGAAUACUGAACAUAUGUACUAUGGAGGAGAAUUACAGAUUUUGCUCAACAAGCCGACGUCCUGCAGCCCGGAAAUUUACGAGCUGAUGUGCCAGUGCUGGCGUCGCGACGACACCGACAGGCCGUCGUUCAAACAGAUUUAUCUGUUUCUCAAGCACAACAACAAGGAAUUUGUUCCAAACGACUGAAAUUAACCGAAAAAAAAAAUUCACUGUUGAAAUUGACAAUUUUUAGUGAAAACGCUACAAAACAAUCGUGUAAAUUGUAAAAAGACGUGCAGGAUGACAAAUACUGUAUUAAAAUGCAAAAAUGUAUAAUAAAAAAUCAGUUUAAACUAUAAGUUAACUAACAAUUAAAGUUACCUUUCAUCAGCAGACCCAUUUUCCAUCAUAACUUCUCACAGACGUUCCACACAAAAAAGUUUUUUAUCACACACUACAGAAAACAUACGAAUCUAUCAAGAAACACUACAUUUCGAAUAAAACGCGUAAAUGUACCACUUUAAAACACAAAAAACUGCCGAUAAAUUAACAAAAACACAAAUGGCCGCCACGUACCUACCCUUACAAUAAACAAAACAACAGCGAAUGACGCCACUUCAUAAUUCUUAAAGCCUUCUUGAUCCAUUAUUUUGUGUUGUUUUAAACUCAAAUUACAUUAAAUGUAUGCUUAAAUAUUAUCAAAACCAAAAAAAACUUGUUCUACAACAAAUUUUAAACAUACAAUAACGCUUUUUAAAGCUUACAAAAUAAAAAUAAGGCAAAUUUUAUCAAAUUAUAAUUUUGACAAUUCCAUCUGUCAAAUUCAAAUCGAAAGCUGCAGUGUUGCAGAACUUACUUUUAC